CUCACUCAGCGUGCGGCUGCGGUCAGUUCCUCUCGCGCGGGUGGCGGUCGGUUUACCGAAAGGCGGCUGUGUGCGCGUGCCGGUCUGGGGAAGAGGAAGAGUGAGUGAAGCGCGAGGAGCGCAGACAUGAUGCGCGCGGAGCUCAGACAGGAGCCGCCAUGGGGAGGAAGCGCGCGCCAGGGUUUGUGUUGAGCGUGAAGCCGAAGAGCUGUGCAGUGCAUGAAGGAGCUGCGGGACUGGGGGGAGAGUCAGUCUCACUGGGCUGAGAGUCAGUCUCACUGGGCUGAGAGUCAGUCUCACUGGGGGGACUGGGCUGAGAGUCAGUCUCACUGGGCUGAGAGUCAGUCUCGCUGGGCUGAGAGUCAGUCUCACUGGGGGGACUGGGCUGAGAGUCAGUCUCGCUGGGCUGAGAGGGGAAACUCGGCGGAAAUCCGCACAGGAGCGCACCAGGAACAGUUUUCUUCCGCUUAUGGAGAAUCUCAGCAAUCUGGAAUACAUGAUGAAGUUCAAGCCCAAUCAGACAAGGACCUAUGACGGAGAGGGCUUUAAAAAACGGGCCGCGUGUUUGUGCUUCAAAAACGACCGAGAAGACGAGGUGUUGCUUGUGAGCAGCAGCCGGCACCCAGAUCAGUGGAUCGUUCCAGGAGGCGGGAUGGAGCCAGAGGAAGAGCCAGGUGGAACUGCAGUGAGAGAGGUCUACGAAGAGGCUGGUGUAAGGGGCACACUUGGCAGACUGCUGGGGGUUUUUGAGAACCAAGACAGCAAGCAUCGAACGUAUGUGUAUGUGCUUACGGUUACAGAGACACUGGAGGACUGGGAGGACUCUGUUAACAUUGGUCGCAAGCGAAAGUGGUUUAAGAUUGAUGAGGCGAUCCGGGUGCUGCAGUGCCAUAAACCGGUCCAUGCUGAAUACCUGCGCAGACUCACACCUCGCUGUGGCUCCACUAAUGGAAACCCUCAGGAGCCAACAGGCCCAAGCGAUAACACGCCCCUCCAUCAGACCACCUCACAUGACUGCAGUCUGGCCCGAUUACACAGAUAGAACUGCCAACAGAGGGCAGCUUUGAGCCACACAAAAAGGACUGGAAAGGACUACUUUUGCAUGACAUAUAUUUCUAUAAUUAGUAGGGGUUUUUUUUUUCCUAAUUUUGAGAAGCCAAAGGUUUAAAGAAUUAUGUGCCUUUGACUCAAGUUUAGUAUAGAGUGUGUAUAGAGCUUUUGAGCUAUUUUGAACAAAUAUGUGGUGGGCUUGAGCUUUGAAUGAAGUGAAGAUGGAGGACAUUUGA